AUGGAGGAGGGUCGGAUGUUGGGGUUUGAGGCAAAAGGGAGAGUUUGGGCAAGGCCGGUGCAGCGUGGAAAAGGCCGAGGUUAUGACGAGACCGACGAAGGCUUGCGUGGGAGAAGGCCGAGGUCGUGGUGUCCGUGUAAGGUCGUUACAAGGGAGAAGGGUGUUGGUGUUGUGAUGGCUAUAAGUGAGGGGGAGAGGGUUGUGGUGGAGUUAUGGGCGAGGGGAGUGAGCUUUGGUAUGAGGGAGAGAACUCGGGUUUUGGUGUCUAUGGCGGCUGGUAGUGUUUUGUGGGUGAUGAUUAAUAGUCCUUGGUAUAAAGAAAUGUAG